GUCAAAUCCAUCGCCAAACAAUACGGCCUCGCCUGGCUCCUCGUCUCCCAGAUUCUCUCCUGGUCCAACCUCCUCCUCAUCUACCUCUUCCUCCGCGCCGCGCAACCGGACGUCACCGGGUUCGUCAAGAAUUACAAUCUAGGCCAUUACGCGGAAACGGUGGCAGAGACCGGUGGGACGUUUGCGCUGGCGGUGCUGUGUAAUAAGGUGUUGAGUCCGUUGAGGUUUUUUGUGUGUUUGGUGAUUGUGAGACGCACGGCGGGGAGGCUGAAUCCGUGGUUGGAGAGGAAGUGGGCGGGGUGGAAGAGGUGGAGGGGAACGGAUGUGGAGGCGGUGCCGAGGGAGGAU